GAUUCUCUCGUAUCGAUCUCCUGGAAAAAAGCAGGCAGGCUGGUCUGAGCUGGAGCUUUGUGUCCGUGUGGAGGGAGAAGCGCGAUGUCCGGCUCGGACACACCGACUGCAGUCGCCCUGCCCGUGGACUGACCGCGUCUGCCCGAGUCCUGGACCCUGAGAGGGAGCGGAGCUGAGGGGCUUUAGGUCUGCUUUACUUUUCUCUUGUUUUUUUCGCCUUUUCCACUCUUUCGGCUGCUGCUGCGCUCCGGCGGGGACAGCUACGGUCCGGAGCGUUACAGCGUCGAGUAAACUCGUGUGGGUGUCCCGGGGAGGAAGCGCCAGGCUCCGGCUCCUCGGCUCUGGUCGCCCCGUGUCCCGUCCCGCUCGCUGGAUGGCCGGGUAUGGGGAGAGCAGGCUCCUGCUGCCCCGGGGCUGAGCGCCUCCCGCUCCCGGCCUCCCUCCUCUGCCUGCUCCUCCUGGGAUAUCUUUCUCUCCUGGCUCCGCUCGGGGCGAGUCAGGUGCAGACCCCUCAGUGCCGGAUCCAGAAGUGCACCACAGACUUUGUCUCGCUCACCUCUCACCUCAACCCCUCGCUGGAUGGCUUCGACGGCGAGUUCUGCAAGGCUCUGCGGGCGUACUCCGGCUGCACCCACCGCACCUCCAAGAGCUGCCGGGGGAACCUGGUCUUCCACUCGGCCAUGCUGGGCAUCAGCGACCUCAUGAGCCAGAGGAACUGUUCUAAGGACGGCCCCACGUCCUCCACGCACCCCGUGGCCCCCAUCGAACCCUGCAACUACCACAGCCGCUACCAGCACCAGGCCACCCUGCCCGGCACGGGGGCAGAGCUCCCGCGCCCCAACUACCUGUUCUGCGGCCUGUUCGGAGACCCGCACCUCAGAACGUUUAAGGACCAAUUUCAGACCUGUAAGGUGGAGGGGGCGUGGCCUCUCAUUGAUAACAAUUACCUGUCAGUGCAGGUGACAAAUGUGCCGGUGGUGCAGGGAUCAAGCGCCACAGCAACCAAUAAGAUCACAAUAAUAUUCAAGCCGUAUCAGGAGUGCACGGAUCAGAAGGUGUACCAGGCGGUGACGGAUGAUCUUCCAGCAGCCUUCGUGGACGGUACGGUAAUCGGCGGCUCCAGCGAGAUGCGCAGUCUGCUGGUGCUGGAGAAAUCUCCCGGCCGUCACGUAGAGGUGCACGCCGCGUACAUCGGCGUGACUGUGGUGGUGCGGCAGCUGGGCCGCUACCUGACGCUGGCCGUGCGCAUGCCCGAGGAACUGGCUAUGGCGUUCGACGAGACGCAGGACCUGCAGCUGUGCAUGAACGGCUGCCCCAGCUCGGAGCGCAUCGACCAGGAGGGCCGGUUGCAGCUGCCGGUGCUCGGCCUCCAGCAGCAACAGCAGCAGCAGCAACAGCAGCAGGUGAGACCUGGAAGGGCUACGUCUCAGCGGGGCUCUACCUUCAGCCUGGAGAGCGCCUCCAGCAAGUGCCGGGAGCAGCUGGAGGUUAAGGACAUUUACUUUCACUCAUGCGUGUUCGACCUCCUGACCACCGGGGACGCUAACUUCACCUCGGCCGCCUACAACGCGCUGAAGGACGUGGAGAUGCUGCACCCCAAGCGGGAGCACUGGCACCUUUUCCCGCGUUCAGGAGCCCACAGAAGUUCAGGGGCGGCCAUAAGCACGGUUCUGCUCUGCUUGCUGACAGCAGUGCUUUCGCAAUUGUAGACUUUCGCAAGAAAAUUCGCAAAAAAAAAAUACAUUUCGCAAAUAAGAAAAAAUGAAAAGUGGGAAGACACUGUUUGAAAACAAUCAAAAAGGUACUUUACUUGUAUAUACUGUGUAUACGCCUUCGGAGGAAACGAGGAUACACGUCUCCUCCUGUCUUUCUAUGACUGUAAAUUUUGUGUACAUGCCAUUUUUUGUUCAGGGGUGGGUGGAGCAGAGAGGGGGUGGAGCUGAGAAGUGGGAGGGGCUUGGAUUAUUAUAAUUGUUUUCUUUUUUAAAUGUGACUGAAUAUUUUUGUUGACCUUGUUUUGUCGUCGUCGUCCUCAGGAGAGGAAGUCUUAACAGAAGCACUUUAUUUUUUAUGUUUCAACUACAGAACAGUGUUCCUUUUCUUGGUACCCACAAGCGCUUUUAUUUGUUUCUUUAUUUUCGUUCAUUUAUUCGUUCUUUUCUUAAUCUGUUUUUCAGUGAAAUUCUCCACACGUGUCUGUACAAAGAUUACACACAUUACACGCAUAGGACUUACCUCACCGUUUAACUCAUUUAACUCCACAGAACCACGUGACAGUUUUGGUAGGUUGGAGGGCGCAGCCGCCCCGGUAAUGUGUUUGUUUUUUGACGUUGAGAUCAGAAGGAUCAGAAAGAAGAAUUGUGAAACAGUAACAGUAUCAGUAAUCUGUACUUUCCUCAUCUUUCCUCAUUUCUGUAGGCUAGAACUCAUCGGUAUCGUCGUUUAACUUUUUGCGUAUGAAUGUUGGUUUUAAUGCAUACAUGAAUAUGAAGUUUUCAAGCAAACACAGAACACAGCAGACAUAGGCUGAAGUAAAACUAAUCCUCAAGAACUUCACAGAACAGGGUUUCCACAAUUGCAUUGUCCGUCAGUGGCUCAAUAUUCAUCAAUUGCCAGCAGGGCAAAUCAAAUUCAUUUAUUUUAUUUACAUUUAAUUUCUGAAUUCUGGCCCUGCGUUUCAUCAUCUGUGACAAUCAGAAUCAUUUUUUUCACAUUUACAUUUUAAAUUAUUUGAGUGGCUCAUCAAGCAGAUCAAGACUCUGACACAACGUUUCCAAGGAUCGCAGCUCCGAAAUGGCUUCAGCAGCCGGAGCCUGAGAGAGCAUAGUCAGUAGAUGCUCUCUUAUGGCUCUCUAAUGACUCGAGUUGUGAUGCAGGCUGGCAAAGGUGUUUGUAAUUGGCGACUGUAUCAGAUUGUGUCAUUAUUAAUAUAAUAACUGUAUUUUUUGGUCGAUAUACUGUAUAUUGUCCCAGAGAUGAUUGCGAUUUUUAAGAUUGUAAGCCAUUUAAUCAUUUAAAGCCAUGCUAAUGUAAUGAUGACAUAAUAACACACUCAUGCAUUACAGUUUCACUCAUUUGAAGACAAAAAGGAACUUUUAUUUACUAGGAAUAUUUUGAAAUUGAAAAUCUAUUGAACUAAACUAUUAUUUUGUAAUUUAAAAAUUCAUAUCUCUUUAAAAUGAUGUAAUUGCAUAAUUAUGGCAUUACAGUAUAUUUUUCACAUCACUGACAUACAAUGUUCUUAAAAUUAAAAUUGUAGUGUACAUCGCAAAUAUUUCUGGGACAAUACAUUGUCCAAAAAAUGUAUUAUCAUGACAGUCCUACAUACAUGAUUGUCAUCACCCUCUUAGUAUUAGACUAAUUGAAAAAAAAUGCAAUGAAAAUUGAGUGAAUCGGUAAAAAUCAUAAAAUCUCAAAAAAAAACACAUAAUUAGAGCUGUGAUUUUAACAAUCAUAGACAGAAUAUAGAUAUCAAAGUAUUUAUUUCAGCAUAGAUUGUGUCUGAUUGGUCGUAUUAAAGUUCCUCUCCAGAGUGAGGCUCAGCACUAUGAUCAUUAUGUUCACUGAGGAGAUAAACUGGAAGUGAAUUCUCUAUUCUCUGUCUAAAGUGAGCCGUCGCCUAGCUUUCUAUUUGACUUUCAGGCUCUCGACUAAUUAAUGUUCUAAUUAUUGCUAAUUAUUGUCUUUUCUUUAUGUAGUUUCGCUCUGUUGCCAAACAAAGGAUCUAUCCUCAGUUCUGUACGGUUUCUCUCCAACCAAAGAUAUCUUUCAUACAUCAUUUAGUGAUUCUGGGACGUAGCUGGUAGAAUCGGUUUAUAUUUAAACUGGUUGACUGGUUGUAAAACAAGUAAUAGUUUUUCCUUAGAUUUUGAAAGAUCUGAAGAUUACAAAUUGCUUCUGGUCUCACUAAAAUCUUCUUCAGUUCUGAUUUUGGUGCUUUUCUAUUGGCUAAUUCGUCAAUAGAUUUGUAUACAAUAUUAAAAGACAAGGUUUUUGAGUGACAGAAACCAUACAACACUUUAACUUGCCAAAAAAUUAUCAUAAGCCACUGUCACAGUGAAAAAAAACACAUGCCAAUUAUUUCCUUAUUAGCACAUGAAGCUCAUGGCACUAUUAUUAGUAUUAUAUUGUAUUAGUAUUUUAAGUUUUCCAAGCCAGUGCCACAAUAUUUCACAUGAUUAGAAACCUUACCUUCACACACCAGUAGGCACACACCAUCUAUUGCCUUAUCCAGAGGUGCAAAUUUUUUAUUUUUUUUUAUUCUUAACUCUCAGAGACUGUUUCCAAAUGUCUUAAAGAGCAUCUUUAAAGACUUUUUUGUAUUUCCUCAUCCUGUAAACUCGUGAAGUAAGUUUAAGUCCUUAAACUUCUUCAAAAUACAGAAUUGGUUUUGAUUGAAUGUUCACAACACUUUAAACACUUAAAAAAAAAAGCUUUUACAGUGAGUUUGCAUUGAACUCAUUAUGCCAGCGAUGUUAAAUGUCAUACCCAAGCCCACAGAAAAGCUUCUGAGUCCAGAUAUCUUCCAUAUCUUCUUUUCUCUGUACCUCCUUUCAGUUUCUUCUGUACUAUUUUGUUUUAAAACUUGCUACUGUAGACUCAUGUACUCUUGUACGUUUAUUUGCAACUACUGCCAGUGCCGAAGAGCUGCUACCAUACUGUGACAAAGUGUAAUAGAUUGUAAUAGAUUUGGAACACUGGGAGCGGUGAUUGGCCAAAUCCUGGAUGGUCUGUAUUUUUUAAUUGGCCGACUCUUUAGAUGGGCUGUCGUGAUUGGCCGAAUAUUAGAUGGGCUUUAUUUCAUUGUAUGAUGAAAAUUUUAGAGACUUGGGCUCGGUUGCACCAGCUGUGCGUAUGUUCAUAGAUAACUUAGCGUAGGCUAGUUGUAAGUAAAUGUUUACUAAAUUCAGAUUUAUCCAUUAUUAAUUUAAAUGGGUUGCACCACAAAGACUAGUAUAUCAUCGCUGUCCAAUAAAAAACAUGUAUCUCUAAAACAGCACAUUUACAGGAGAGAGAAAAAACCUUAACUUUCCUUGUCUUUUUAAAGUCAAUGUAAAAAAGAAUUUAUUUCAGGUUAUUUUGACGUAUUUCUACAGCUCUGGCAAAAAUUAAGAGGCCGCUUCAGUUUCUAAAUCAGUUUCUGAAUCAGUUUCUCUGAUUUUGCUAUUUAUAGGUAUAUGUUUAAGUAAAAUAAACAUUGUUGUUUUAUUCUACAAACUACAGACAACAUUUCCCCCAAAUUCCAUCUACAAAUAUUGUCAUUUAAAGAAUUUAUUUGAAGAAAACGAUAAAUGUCUGAAAUAACAAAAAAGAUGCAGAGAUUUCAGACCUCAAAUAAUGCAAAGAAAACAAGUUCGAGGUUCUCCUCCACAAAUCUUACACGCUGCUUUUGGAUAACUUUAUGCCACUCCUGGUGAAAGAAUUCAAGCAGUUCAGUUUGGUUUGAUGGCUUGUGAUCAUCCAUCUUCCUCUUGAUUAUAUUGCAGAGGUUUUCAAUUUGGUUAAAUUUAAAGAAACUCAUCAUUUUUAAGUGGUCGAGCAAGAUGGAAAUAAAAAUAAAAAAAUAACGCUAAUAAUAUAUCAAACCCAUAUAUAAUCCAAUACCACAUGCUGUUAAGGAUAUGAUAAUUACUUUUCAUUAAUUAUAAAAGCUGUGCCGGUUGACAACCACGUUUCCAUGGCAACAUAUUGAUUGAUAUGUUCUACAUUUGUUUUCUUCAUAUUAAAGCAACAGUCUGUAACUCUGCGCAUGAGGGAGUGAGUUUUUAAUACAUACAGGCUCAUGGUAAAACCAGAUUUAGUAAAAUGAUAGUUUGAAAUUAAAGAUUUAGUAAAGACUUUACACACAGACUUAAGGAAGAAACUUGCGCACAGUUGGUGCAACCCAGCCCAGAGCAAGGCAUCUGAGUGCAAUUAACUGCAAAGGUAAGCCUUCAUCCUGUGUUUUUGCUUUGUUGCGUUGUGUUAAUUUUGUGAUUUUAUUUUAAACUUUAUAAUUUUUUUAUUUUAUUUUAUUUUUUUUGUCGUGAGUGAAUUCUGUUUUCUGUGAAGAGUGACUGCUCAAUGUUUAUACUUAAAUUAUUUAUGAAAUAUAGUGUCUUGUUAGAAAAGUUGAGCUCCAUAUUCUUGCUGUUUGGAAAAAAAAAGAGUUUCAGAUGUGAUUGUACUGCCACCUAGUGGACCACCAUUGUUACAUCAGUGUUUUAGUAUUGUACUGGAUGCGGUGACUUAAAAACAAGGAAAAACGGAAAAAAGUGUGUUUUAUUUAAAACAUUAAAUGAAAAUACAUAAACA